UCAGCAUCUUCAGCUCCCAGGUCCGUCAGCUCCAGAGCCACUUUCAGUGAGACUGAUGUACCAGAAGAUUACCCGGGUCGAAAACACAUAACGCAACCCAAGAAGCCUGCUGCAAAAACAACGCCCUUCCAAAGCUAGUUUGAAAAUAUCACGCCUUUGAAACCAAGUGCGAGUCCUUCAGCUUAAACCAGCAGUUCAUGCCAAAGUACAGAAAUCUCAACAUCAAUGCUGAAGAGGACCUGCUGAGAACAUACCUGUGGAGGUGUCAGUUUCUCCUUCCCUUGGUCUCAAUGGCUCUGGUCGUCCUCGCCGGCCUUGUAGGGCUCUGUGCCUGCCUCUGCCGUAGCUUCACUCCAACCUUGGUUGUGGGUGUACUACAUUUUCUAGCAGGUCUUUGCACUCUGGGCAGCGUCUGCUGUUUCCGGGCAGGGGUUGAUUUACUCAAUUAUUACCACCCGCCUCCCAAAGGCGUGAAGGGCUCCAUGGGCUGG